GUCGCGGUAAAUUUGGAUGAAAAACUGCGUAACGUAUUUGAAACCUUGCUUUGUUGGCUUAUGGUUUCUAGGGUCAAAUUGUUUAGGUUUUCUGCCUGUCACUGUUAUUUGUUCUCGAUCGCUCUUACUGUCAAAUGCAACUUUACUUAACUAGAUUUCUCACACUUACCCAGUAUUCAACAUCCCUCAGGCCAGAUGCGAACCGCUACACUCAAUAAUAUGAAAUUCCCUCAUAAACAUAAUUAGCCAGUUGACAUAGUCUAGGAAGUAUUCUUAAAUGUCUUAUCUUGAAGCUUUUCCAACAUGUACAAAGGUGAAAAGAUGUGUCCAGUCAGUCUGCCCAGAAACAUUCGAAAAAGAUUUAAAAUAUCCUCGCCUGCUGGAUAAAUCAAGAAAUAAUAUAAUCCAUACUCCAUCAUUAUGCGAUGUUAGUUACAGUUCAACAAACCGUUCAAAUGAAUUUGAAAAUGCCAACAAUUCUUCAUGUAGUCAUGAUCGACUUGCUCAGUUAUCCGCUUUAAUUGAUCAAUGUUCACAUGGCGAAUUGUUGCAUAUAAAAAAAACUAUAAAACCAUUGUUGAAACGAGAUUUUAUUGCAUAUUUACCUGUUGAAAUUUCUUUACAUAUCUUACAAUAUUUAUCACCUCGAGAUAUAUUUCAUUGCGCCCAAGUUUCCAAAACUUGGCAACUUGUUUGUGAUGAUAAUUUGCUUUGGUAUCGUUUGUGUGUAGGUGCUGGAUUGUUUAACACAUUAUUCAACAAAUCUACAAUGAAUUUAUAUUCAGGUACCCACCUGGAUUGUCUUUUAUGUGUAAAUAAACCUACAAAUUCACUUUGUAAUGAGACAAAAUCCGUUUUUGAAAGCUCUAUCAUCAAUAAUGGUAAUAUCACUGAUGAUGGUGACAAUUUUAAAGUACAUGAUUGUGAUGUGUCCAUGAAAAGUGAUCAUAUUCAAUCUUUUGACACUGAUAGUGAAUCAACUUUUGCAUUAUCUUAUGCUGGUAAUCCUUCAAAUUCUUUUAAUUUGAAUGAGGUCAAUUGGAAGUCUUUAUAUCGUCAAGAUUUACAUACUCAGUGCAAUUGGAGAAAUGGUGGACCAUGGCAUCCUAUCAUUGUACCGGCUCAUCAUAAUCAUGUCAUCACUUGUUUAGAAGUAUAUGAAGAAUGGGUAAUCACUGGGUCAGAUGAUUCAAGUAUCUGUAUAUGGGAUAUUAAUACUGGACAGUGUUUAAUUAAUUUAUUCGGUCACCUUGGUGGUGUUUGGUCAAUGACUGUUAUACCACGUCAAUUGUUAUUUCUGUCCGAGCAAAAACAAUUAUCUCAGCAUCCUUUACUUAUAUCUGGUAGUUGUGAUCGAACAGCUCGUGUAUGGCAAUUAGAUGGUCAACAUUGGCCUUGUAUAGCCACGUUGUUUGGACAUCAAUCAACUGUUCGAUGUUUAGCUAGUCAAAAGUUACAUUCUAGUCCAAAAUUUGUUGUUACCAAUUCGAACAGUUAUCAUCGUUCCACAGUUGUAUAUACUAAUGAUAAUAGUAAUAGUAUUGAUGAUAAUACUUCUAAUUCUACUAUUAAUAAUGAUAAUGACGAUGAUGGUGUCGGAGAUGAUGAUUCAGAUAAAGAAUUAACUCGCAGUAUAUUUCAUAAACAACAAACCCAUUCUAGUCAUGAAAGCACGCAAAAAACAACUUCCAAUAUUCAUCAGGCCAACAGUAGUAGUAAUGACGGUAGUAGUAAAUUGUUUCAUCCAAUUCUAUCAAACAAUGAGUCUAUUUCGACGUUUAAAAUGGAGAAAAAACAGCAAACAUUUCAAACUGGUCACUUAGUUGUUACAGGUAGUCGUGAUACAACUUUACGUCUAUGGAAUGUAUUAACUGGUGAAUGUAUACAAGAGUUCCGAGGUCAUCGUGGAGCAAUACGUUGUGUUCAGUUUACUGGUGAUCAAAUUGUUUCAGGUAGCUAUGAUUGUACAAUUCGUUUAUGGUGUGCAUUACAAGGUCAUUGUCUACGUGUUUUCAGUGCACAUACAAAUCGUGUUUACACAUUAUUGUUUGAUGGUUAUCAUAUUAUCAGUGGUUCAUUGGAUACGACUAUACGUAUAUGGAAUGCACAUACUGGUGAAUUGAAACAAACAUUCUAUGGUCAUCGUUCAUUAACAAGUGAAUUAGCAUUUGGGUCUGAACAAAAUAUUCUUGUGUCAAGUAAUGCCGAUGAAACAAUACGAGUAUGGCAUAUGAAUAGUGGGAAGUGUGUACAUGUUCUUGCUGAUAGAACAAUGAGAAGACUGAGUUUAUCUGAAAAAUGUGGUGUAUUUGCGCUAAAUAUUUCGAACAAUCUGGUCACACAUAUACUUGUCAAGGCAUUUUAUAUGAAAAUUAAUAAAGAUUCAAGUGAGCAAAGUGAUAAUCUUAGUAGUUGGAUUUAUGAGUCGAUCUAAGUUAGACCACCAUUGAUAACCUGGGUCCGAUUCCCGCAAGCGAAACCUUCAGUCUUGCACACGAGCGCUUAACCUCUUAACCACUAAGCCAACAUCCAAUGGUGUCAAUGUAUAACUUCAACCAACCCACGAAAUUGUGCCACCGUCCACCAUUGUCUUCAAUGAGUUACUAUCUCACAGCAGGCACGGUUGGACUCCACUGGUCACGGCUUCUCACCAGAACUCCAGGAAAUACCUCUUGAAACCAGUCACUAGUGAGCACAUGAUGAUUAUUAUCAGAAGGGAUUUUGUGGAUAUUAUAGUAAUUUCAAUGGUUGAGACCAUGAGUCAAUUGAAGCUAGACCACUAUGAGAAACCUGGAAGCACUGGAUGACCAUUUCGUUCUAUUGUGUACAGAAACAUUUUGUCGUAUGUAUAUAUAAGUAUUUUGAGUUAUGGUUCUAUGUUGAAACUUAAUUCUGGUUAUUUUUUACUCCAACGUCCUUCUUGUUCUGAACAUUUCUCCAGUAUGUAUCAUUUACAUCAAUAUGUCUAGUUGUACCGAUGAUAGUGUGAUUUAUUUACUAAGCACAAAUUUAACUUGUGGUAUGUGAUCAAUCGAAGGCAAUAGCAUGACUGAUUAUUAAAGGUAUUUAUAUUUGUCCUUUAUCUUAUAUAUCAUCACUUUAAUUUAAAAAUUGUUCAACCGUAAAAUGAUAAUACACUAACUAUCUACUUAUUUGUUGACUUGGACAUAUAAAGUCUUAAAGUCCCCGGUUCAGGUAGCCUAGUGGUAACGUCUAAGAUUGCGAAUCGAGUGAUACGAAGUCGGAUCCACCGGGUAGGACUGGUUUCCUUAAUCUUACAGACACACCUUCCUGACUAGCCCCAAACAGUGCGAAUUCUAUAUCCAGGGUUUUCUAUCGACCGCUUCCAACCACCUAACAUACUUUUUCGGUUUUAUCAAUCCUUUCUAGAUUUAUGAUAUUAUAAAUUCAUUUGUAUCUUAUACCUACGUCAUGUAGCUAAUUCAAUUUAUUACUUGAUAAUAAUAUAAUUUUUAUUUGUGUAUAGGACCUCAUAAACAUCAAUCAGCUGUUACAUGUGUUCAAUUAACUCGUAAUUUUAUAAUAUCAUCUGGUGAUGACGGUACAGUGAAAUUAUGGGAUAAGCAGUCUGGUGCGUAUAUUCGAGAUCUUUUACGCCUUGAUGGAGCUGGACGAGGCGGUGUUAUCUGGCGUAUAGUUGCUUCUGAAGAACGUUUAAUAUGUGCUGCUGGAAGUCGAAUUGGUAUGGAACCGACAAAAUUAGUUAUACUACAGUUUCAAGAACCAAAUCUUUGUUCAAAACACUCGGACACUAAUAAUAGUAGUAAUAAAAUAUCUCAUAUCUGUCGGCCUAGACAUAAAUAUGCUCCAGAACCGAGACUUAGUCAACUAAUAUGCACCAAUUUCAGUACAAUCUAGUAUUUUACCAUUACUUGUUGGAGAUAAUUAGGAUAAAUUUAUUAACUGUUUUAGAUACAUUUCAAUGAAAAGUGUUUGGAGAUUCAUAUUUCAUUGAAUUGUGUACAUAAAUCAGCUUGUUUACUCGUUUGGUCUUCUGAUUGUUGAUAAUUCUUCUUUUUAAAAGGUAUGUAUUAGCGAUAAAGUUGUCAAAAUCACAUCUAAUCAAUAAUCACACAGAGUAUGGUAAGUCGAGUUUUUAUAAUUGAUUAUAAUAUCGUUAAUGCUUUGUGCAAAAGGUUCCAUUGCUAUUCUAAAAAAAUAUUUAACCAUGAAAAUUUAGCCCCAUCUCUGGUGUUCGAGCAAGCUUCGACACAGUAAUUAACGGUAGUAACAAUGACUGACUGUCAACGGUUCAUGGGAAUUUCCGUGUUUCAUGGUUGACGUCAAAGACUGAUCUUAGAUAGCACUGAAGAGCUACUAGGACAAAACAGCUGUCCGGUGUCCCCUUACAUACUAACAUAAAUCUUUCUACCCCCAACCGACCUAUUCUUGUCAUCUUUCUGAUUACAUUUUAUUUCAAUUCUAAUGCCAUGUCGCACAACUUCUCCAGUCAUUUAUCUGCUUGAUGAACCCUUAAAAACUACAAUUACAGCUUCUCAGUGACAAGUGCAAAGUUCAGUAAAUUCUCAACAAUAAAGAAAUUUCCAGUUCUUACUCAUUGAGAUAUUAAAAAUAUAUCAUUGUUUCGUUAUC